AUGUUUGAAUUAAUCUCUGAGAGAGACAUUGUUUUAUGGACCACCAUGGUUUCAGGGCUAGUCCAAAAUGGGCUUGCGAAUGAGUCACUAAAGUUCUUCUCUGGAAUGCACAGACAAAAUCUUAAGCCCAACCAGAUCACUCUAACCAGUGCCUUAUCUGCAUGUUCUCACUUGAAGAUCCUGAAUUUGGGUAAGUCAAUUCAUGGGUUUUCCUUAAGACACAAGUUCAAGGGAGACCUCAUCCUCGAAACAGCUUUGCUCGACAUGUAUAUAAAGUGCAAAGGCGUGAACUAUGCUCAGCAUGUGUUCAAUAGCAUGCCUAAAAGAAAUGUGAUCUCAUGGAACACCUUGAUUUCUGGUUAUGCAGCUAAUGGGCUACAUUAUGUGGCUCUACAAUUGUUUAGUCAGAUGAUCCAGUUAAGUAUGGAGCAACACAACUUCAUUUUGGAUAAUGUGGAACACCCUAAUUUCUCCCAUAAUGAGCAACCCAACAUUGCAACUCUUGCGACAGUGUUGCAGGCUUGUGCAGGGACUUGUAACCUUCGACGUGGAAGAGAAGUUCAUGGCUACAUAGAGAGAUGCAUGGGAGAUUGUGUACUAGGGACGCUAUUGGGAAAUGCUCUCAUAGACAUGUAUGUGAAAUGUGGAGACCUGAACUCUGGUGCACUGGUAUUUAAGGGGAUGUAUGAGAGGAAUGUGGCUUCAUGGACAUCAAUUAUUAUGGGUUAUGGCAUGAAUGGAUUAAGUAUGGAGGCUUUAGCAACAUUUGACAAAAUGGUGGAAUCAGGUGUUUUGCCUGAUGGGGUCACCUUCAUAGCCAUUCUCUCUGCAUGUAGCCAUGCAGGACUAGUCGACCAUGGUCGGGAGAUGUUUGUGUCCAUGCAACGGGAUUAUGGCAUUGCACCUGAGAUGAAACACUAUGCAUGCAUGGUGGAUCUAUAUGGGCGAUGUGGCUUUCUCGAGAGAGCUUAUGAGUUUAUAAAGGUUAUGCCAAUUGAACCUUCCGAGAUCAUAUGGGCAGCACUUCUUGCAGUUUGCAGGAGUCACGGUAACUUGGAAUUGGGAGAAUAUGCCGCUAAAAAAGCUCUAAAAUUUGACAGAUAUAAUGCUGGGUAUCACAUACUUCUAUCACGUAUAUAUGCUGACUUAGGUAGAUGGGAAGAUUUUGCAAUGGUGAGAUUAGAAAUGAAAGAAUUGGGGCUAAAACAAGUGACAGGAUACAGUUGGGUAGAAGUGAAUAGGAAGCUCCAUAUGUUUACAGUUGGGGAUUGCAAGCAUCCAUAUUCACAAGAAAUAUUUGGCCUUCUAGAGUCAUUGAUGCAUAGGAUGAAGCAAGCUGGUUUUGUACCAAACACAUCGGCAGUGUGUCAUGAUAUCAAUGAAGAGGAAAAGGCAAGUGUUUUGUGUGGGCAUUGCGAGAAAUUGGCACUUGCUUUUGCACUGCUCAAAAGUGGUGGUGAAGCACCUGUUCGGAUUGGAAAGAACCUCCGAGUGUGUAGGGACUGCCAUGAGACUUUCAAAUAUGUAUCAAAGAUUAGGCAAAGAGAAAUAGUUCUCAGAGACCCAAAUCGGUACCAUCAUUUUAGGGAAGGGAGAUGCUCCUGUGGUGACUUUUGGUGA